AUGGGUGAGAACUUUGGUGCUCCGUUUUCUGAAUAUCCGAACCUGGGAAAUGGAUUCAAUUUUGACUGGGCGCCUGAAUGCCCGCAACCUUCCCCCCUGGAGCUCAAUACCGAAACUAUCCGUGAUGCCCGCGAUUAUCCUUCAUUCAACACAAGCGACCGCGUGAAUGCUAAGGUGGCUAUCCCCCGGAACGCACAAUCCAGUAGUUGGACUAGCAGUGGUCGAGUCAGCCGGGCUUGUGAAAAUUGCCGCGAGCAAAAGGCCAAAUGUAGUGGUCAUCGCCCAGCCUGUCAUCGUUGCCUGGAUGCCGGUGUCCCGUGUUCGCAGCUGAACGAUCUAACUACACGGGUUCAAACCUUCGAUGCUUUGCUCCGCGAACUUUAUCCCAAGCUCGAUGUCUUGUCGGCCCAGCGGGUCGAGAAAACACUGAGGGAGCUAAAUUCACGGACCACGCUCACUACCCCUAUCCCUACCUUAUUCACCAACCCAACAAGGCCCAUCAAUCAAUCAGGGCUUCACUCCCGUGCUGAUGCUAGUCAUGUGUCUAUUUCCUCGGGGGCUGUAGACUACACCGAAGAGGACUUCGAUCGGGAUGAGAAAGUACAACCGACGGGAUUUGUGGGUGAACAUUCAGAGAUGGCAUGGUUGUAUAGACUCAAGCGCUUUCUUGAUCAUGGCAGCUUGAUUGCAGUCAAAGAUACCCCCGCACGCCCUUCGUUAUCUUCCGUGAACUACUUCCAAGAUGACUCGGAAAUUCUAGUUCCUGACGAUAUCGACCUCGCACACCGGCCUCCGCAACCAAUCGCUAACAGGCUCAUUGACACCUACUUUCACGCCGUACAUCCUACCUUCCCCAUCAUUGGAAAGGCCGUCUUUCUGAAUCAAUAUCGAUCCUUCUAUGCGAAUCCGAACGUGCGACCUGGGAGACGAUGGAUUAUAGUGCUAAACUUGGUGUUUGCCAUUGCGGCCAGACAUUGCUUCUUCGUCGAUCAAAUCCAACCAACUUGCGACGGCCAUCAGACUUAUUUUGCACGGGCUUGGAGGUUGAAUGUAGGUAAAGUAUUGCUAGAUCAUCCGGACUUGCAACAGGCACAGGUGGAUGGCUUGGCUGCUUUCUACCUCCUAUCGGUUGGUCAAAUUAAUAGGUCAUGGAAACUCAUCGGAAUGGCGAGUCGAUCGGCGGUGACUAUGGGUCUAAACAUUCGAAGCGAGAGCGAUAGCAUCACCCAGUUUUCGAAGGAACUUCGAUAUCGAGUUUGGUGGGCACUGUUUAUGUUGGACAUGGUGCUAUGUGAGAUGACAGGCCGUCCACCUGGUACGGGAGAAAUCUUUUGCUCCACACCCCUCCCUGUCCCCUUCGCAGAGGAGAAUUUUUGGGACAGGCGUGUCGCGCAACUUAAUACCGACCAAAGGACUCGAAGUACAUUUCCCCCCUCUUUAAUUUCCGAUACCACGGCAACUUCGCCAAAAGAGUAUAUGGCUCCAAGAACCCCGGAACGGCGAGAGUCGGGCAAGGGAAAACAAGAAGAAAGGGCCAGACAGACGGGGGUAGAGAAUCUAACACCAAAUUCCUCUCUGUACCUUUUGUACACAGUGGACUUGGCUCAUCUCUUACGAGAAGCUAUUGAUAUGCUCUAUGCUCCCAGAGCAGUUCGACAGUCAUGGCACGAGAUCGAAGCCGCCAUCUCCACGCUAAACAAUCAUACUGACAACUGGUUGUCUCGUCUUCCGGUGGAGUUUGAUUUCACAACGCUAGACCCAACCCCUCAAUUUCUACAGCAGCGUGCUAGUCUUGCUUUCCAAUUCUACUCGACCAAGCUGAUAAUCUUGCAGCCCUGUAUCCGCCGUCUAUCCCGACAGUCAUCUGAAGCGGGCCAGGGAACGGUGUGUGAUCAGAUGGCAGCCUUGUGCGUUCAUAUGGCAGGCCAAAUGCUCGAACUGCUGCCUGAAAAUCCGGACUUGAUUUGGCUGUAUGGCGUCGCUCCGUGGUGGUGCAUCCUGCACAACAUCAUGCAGUCGACUACCAUCCUGCUCACCGAGCUGUUCACUCGCACUCAUAUAGGCACCGCCAAGGCUGUUGAUAUCACUAAAAAGAUCAACAAAGCGACUCACUGGUUGAAAGCAAUGUCGACCAAAGAUCUUUCUUCCCGGAGAGCCUGGCUUGUCUGCAUGGACCUUCUUUCACGACAUGGCUCGAACUUUGGGCUUGCUGUUGAUGCCGAAAUCUAG